AUGGAGUUCGUGACGGGGUACCGGGCCGAGGUGCUGGACCUGGCCGAGCUGCUGCUCGCCUGGCACCGGUCCCAGGCCGGGGGGCCCCAGGACGGGCAGCACCAGCGGCGCCAGGAGGGGCACGUCCGGCGCCUGCCCCCCGACCCCGCCCUCUGGCUGCUGCACCUGCUGCCCAACCCCCGGCUGGGGCUGGGGCUGGCGCUGCCGGGGGGGGCCCGGGGGGAGCCCCGGGGGCGGCUCUGCGGGGAGGACGCCCUGCAACUGCGGGACCUGCAGCGGGCGGUCACCUUCCUGAGCCUGGACGAGGAAGACGAGGGGCUGGAGACAGGCCAGGCCCUGGUGCAUGUGGAGCGCCUCCUGCUGGUUACGGACGAGCACGGCACGGUGAUGGGCCUGGAUUUCCAGCUGGGGGCCGGGGCCCCCCCCAAGCCGGCCGCGCCCCCCCCGCUGGAGCAGCUGGCGCUCGGCCUGCUCUGCCAGAGCAUGGCCUGUCCGCUGGGCGGGGGGGAGCCCCGGCGGCCCCGGCUGCUGGCCGUGGGGGACCCCGCCUUGCACAAGUCACUGGAGCCCCUGCUGCCCCGGCUGGGGGUCAGACUGAGCCCGGGCCCCAUGCGGGGCUGGGGGCCGAAACCCACCUUCACCUUCCCCUCCAUGCGCGUGCGAGCCUGUCACGUGUGCAAGAGACACGGGUUCCAGGGGCGGCUGGUGCCGUGCCAGCAGUGCCGGGCCGUGCUGUACUGCUCCGAGCGGUGCCGGGCGGCCGACUGGGCCCGCAGCCCCGAGGAUGCGGCCCACCGGGCCUGGUGCCCCCGCAUGGCCGGGUACAUGGCCCGCGCCCGCCAGCUGGCCGACCUGCCCUUCACCUUCGCCGCCGAGGUGACCAGCGACGGGUUCAACAGGGAGGGGUUCCUGGCCGCCCGGGUGACGCGGGGGUACUGGGCCCACGAGAGCAUGCUGGUCGGGCCCCCGACUAUGGCGUGGGGCUGGGGGGCCGGAAGGACUGGAGAUCCAGCCUGCUGCAGAGGCGGCUCGUGGCGGGAGUACUACGCCUGGCGGGGGCUCCCGCUGGGCUCCCCCCUGGCCGCGCUGCUCAGCUACCCCCUGAGCGUCUAUUACAUCGUCACCCAGCUCGCCCCCCGGCACUUCCCGGAGCUGAACAUCCUGAACAAACAGUCGCUGCGGAUUCACAUCGUGGAGACGGGGAAGGAGUCGGACAUGGCCCCCCUCUUCUGG